UGUGUGGUGUGGGGAAAAGCUGGUCCUCCGUGGUCUCCUUUAGCGCUUACUGCUUCAACUUCACCCCCUAGGGGCCGGAUCAAAAGAAGCCUCUCUCCCCAGCCCUUGGGGCACCAAUCAGGAAGGUUUCCUAUCCCCUACUUCGGGGGCAGGACUCCUCGUUUCCCCCAACCUCUAGAGGCAGAAACUUAGGGUUUGCCCUCCUUCUCUUAGGGUCAGAAGCCAGAAAGGGCCCCCCUUCCACUUCAGGGGCGGAAGCUUCUCCUAGUCUUCCUCUAGGGACAGAGACCCUUACCGCACCAUACUUCGGCGCUAAGGCUUUCCCUCAGCACUGCCACUCCAGAGGCAGGACCUAGAGGACCGUCCGCCUUCUCCCCCUCCGCAGGCGCGGCCUUCCGGAGAGGAGGCAGGAGUGGAGAGGACAGGGACCCUUGCCCUUCCCUCCCCCACGCUUUCCUCCUGCCCCCAGUCCCUGGCAGCCCAGAGUUCCCCAUUUCUAGGAUUUUCCACCCAUCUACUCCCUGACCCUUUCCCGUCUCCUGUCUGCAGCCAUGGAGUUACAGAAGGGAAAGGGAGCAGCAGCAGCAGCUGCUUCGGGAGCAGCGGGAGGUGGAGGAGGAGGAACGGGAGCAGGAGCCCCAGGAGGGGGGAGGCUGCUACUUUCAACCAGUUUGGAUGCCAAGGAUGAGUUAGAGGAGAGGUUGGAAAGGUGUAUGAGCAUUGUGACCUCUAUGACUGCUGGUGUCUCAGAGAGAGAGGCCAAUGACGCCCUCAAUGCCUACGUAUGCAAAGGUCCCCCCCAGCAUGAGGAAGUCUGCCUGGGCCUCUUUACCCUUGUCCUAACUGAAUCUGCUCAAGCCCAGAAGUGUUACCGGGACUUGGCUCUGGUGAGUCGUGACGGCAUGAAUAUUGUCCUGAAUAAAAUCAACCAGAUACUUAUGGAGAAGUACCUGAAGUUGCAGGAUACCUGCCGUACUCAGUUGGUGUGGUUGGUACGAGAACUAGUGAAGAGUGGGGUUCUGGGAGCUGAUGGUGUUUGCAUGACAUUUAUGAAGCAGAUUGCUGGUGGAGAUGUUACGGCCAAAAAUAUCUGGUUGGCAGAAAAUGUUCUGGAUAUUCUGACGGAACAGAGGGAAUGGGUACUAAAGAGCAGCAUCCUCAUUGCCAUGGCUGUUUACACAUACCUCCGCCUCAUUGUUGACCACCAUGGGACCGCCCAGCUCCAGGCCCUGCGGCAGAAGGAAGUGGACUUCUGCAUCUCACUGCUUCGGGAACGGUUCAUGGAGUGUUUGAUGAUUGGCCGGGACCUUGUAAGACUACUUCAGAAUGUUGCUAGGAUACCAGAAUUUGAACUGCUUUGGAAAGAUAUUAUCCAUAAUCCUCAGGCCUUGAGUCCUCAAUUCACAGGUAUCCUACAGCUUCUUCAGUCAAGAACAUCCCGAAAAUUCCUAGCAUGUCGUCUAACCCCAGACAUGGAAACUAAGCUCCUCUUCAUGACAUCCCGGGUACGAUUUGGUCAACAAAAGCGAUACCAAGAUUGGUUCCAGCGCCAGUACCUGUCAACCCCAGACAGUCAGUCUCUGCGCUGCGACCUCAUUCGCUACAUCUGUGGGGUAGUCCACCCUUCUAAUGAAGUCCUCAGUUCAGAUAUCUUGCCCCGAUGGGCCAUCAUUGGUUGGCUCCUGACAACAUGUACGUCAAAUGUUGCUGCCUCUAAUGCCAAGCUGGCUUUGUUUUACGACUGGCUGUUCUUUAGUCCAGACAAGGAUAGCAUUAUGAACAUAGAACCAGCCAUCCUGGUCAUGCAUCACUCCAUGAAGCCCCACCCAGCCAUCACUGCCACGCUCCUGGACUUCAUGUGCCGUAUCAUUCCCAACUUCUAUCCACCAUUGGAGGGCCACGUGCGGCAGGGUGUCUUUUCCUCUCUCAACCACAUUGUGGAGAAACGCGUCUUGGCACACUUGGCUCCCCUAUUUGACAACCCUAAAUUGGAUAAAGAGCUGCGGGCAAUGCUGAGAGAGAAGUUUCCUGAGUUCUGCAGCUCACCCUCCCCACCUGUGGAAGUCAAAAUUGAGGAACCAGUUUCCAUGGAGAUGGACAACCAUAUGUCAGAUAAGGAUGAAAGUUGCUAUGACAAUGCAGAAGCAGCCUUCAGUGAUGACGAGGAGGAACUCAACAGCAAAGGAAAAAAGAGAGAGUUUCGCUUCCACCCUAUCAAGGAGACAGUUGUGGAGGAGCCAGUUGAUAUCACCCCUUACCUUGACCAGUUGGAUGAGUCCCUAAGGGAUAAAGUACUCCAGCUACAGAAAGGGAGUGAUACGGAGGCCCAGUGUGAGGUCAUGCAGGAAAUCGUGGACCAGGUCCUGGAGGAAGACUUUGACUCGGAGCAGCUGUCUGUCCUUGCUUCCUGCCUACAGGAACUCUUCAAGGCCCACUUCCGAGGGGAGGUGCUGCCUGAGGAGAUCACCGAGGAGUCCCUGGAGGAGUCUGUAGGGAAGCCUCUCUACCUAAUAUUUAGGAACCUAUGCCAGAUGCAGGAAGACAACAGCAGCUUCUCUCUGCUUCUGGACCUUCUCUCUGAGCUAUAUCAGAAGCAGCCCAAGAUUGGCUACCACCUGCUCUACUACCUGAGGGCCAGCAAAGCUGCUGCAGGGAAGAUGAACCUGUAUGAGUCAUUUGCCCAGGCCACCCAGCUGGGUGAUCUGCACACCUGCCUAAUGAUGGACAUGAAGGCCUGCCAGGAGGAUGACGUGCGGCUGCUGUGCCACCUCACACCCUCCAUCUACACAGAGUUUCCAGAUGAAACCUUGAGGAGUGGAGAACUGCUGAACAUGAUCGUGGCUGUUAUUGACUCUGCACAGCUCCAGGAGCUGGUCUGCCAUGUGAUGAUGGGGAAUCUGGUCAUGUUUCGAAAAGACUCAGUCCUCAACAUACUCAUCCAAAGCCUGGACUGGGAAACCUUUGAGCAGUAUUGUGCUUGGCAGCUCUUUCUGGCCCACAACAUCCCCCUGGAGACCAUCAUCCCCAUCCUGCAGCACCUCAAAUACAAGGAGCACCCAGAGGCCCUGUCCUGCCUACUGCUUCAGCUCAGAAGAGAGAAACCCAGUGAGGAGAUGGUGAAGAUGGUGCUUAGUCGGCCCUGCCAUCCUGACGACCAGUUCACCACCAGCAUCCUGCGGCACUGGUGUAUGAAGCAUGACGAGCUGCUGGCCGAGCAUAUCAAGUCCCUGCUCAUCAAGAACAACAGCCUUCCUCGAAAGAGACAGAGCCUGAGGAGCUCCAGCAGCAAGCUGGCCCAGCUGACUCUGGAGCAGAUCCUGGAGCACCUGGACAACCUGCGACUCAACCUGACCAACACCAAGCAGAACUGUUCAGUGAUCUCUUCUCCCUGGCAGAGGAAUAUGAGGAUUCUUCCACCAAGCCACCAAAGAGCCGGCGAAAAGCAGCUCUGUCCAGCCCUCGAAGUCGAAAGAACGCCACACAGCCCCCCAAUGCUGAGGAAGAGUCGGGCUCCAGCAGUGCUUCGGAGGAAGAAGACACAAAACCGAAGCCCACCAAGCGGAAACGAAAAGGGUCCUCUGCAGUGGGUUCUGACAGUGACUGAGGUCCUGUGUCCCCCAUCCCACCCCCAGUUGGACUGCCCUCUGCUCCUAGGUGAAUCAAAGGUUAAUAGGGACUGGAGCUCACCCAGUGGGAAGGAUGAUCUUCCUCCUCUGACCCAGGCUGAGAAGCUGCCGUGCAGCCCCCAGUCUCCCCACUCCUCUCCUGGGGCCUCCAGCCCCUUACACUGCUGCUCCCACUGAUAUUGGAUUCUCACUGAAGCCAGAGGCUGUGCAAAACCAGACCAUGGUGGAAAUCCUAGCCCCUGCCCCCUCCCCUAGCCUCCUCUCCUAGUCUUUCAAAGUGCCACUUAACAGAGAAGGGAAAUGACAAGGGGGCAGCAGGCCGGAGAAGCUUGGAUGAGAGGAGAGACUCUGUGUGGGUGUCCCUUCACGCUUCCCCCUUCAGGUCUUGAUUUGCUCUGAGCAGGCAUUUUAUAGUCACUCUCCACACACCAGUACGAAAUGAGUAUCUAAUCUGACUUGGUCAGGCUGCCCAUUCCUAACUGUGGGGUAAAUGACACAAGCAUUCAGAAAGGAACCUGAAAGGGAGGACAUAGCCCCACGUGGUGUGCCCUGGAGGUCUGGGUUGGCCUGAGGUUGGCACCUCAAGCUGUGCUAGAGCCCAGGGGAGUCCCAAGGCAAGUUCCACAGAACUGUCAAGUGGUUCCAUUUCCUUGGUUCUGUUUUUUUUGGGGGGGGUUUUGACAGAGAUAAUCAUGUCUUAAAAGUUGUUUUUAGAUGACAAUAAAACAAGCCAGACCAUC